CGGGCCUCCCCCUCUCUUAAAACACCCCUGGAAACAGAGGCGACCCCCUAGCAAACUCCCAACAGGCAGACAAACUGUUUGUGAAGUCCUGCUCCCUCCUCCCUUCCUGGCUCAGCUGGCUGUCAGCUAUAGUCAGUGGCGCAGAGCUGAGCUCCCAGACGCAGCAUCUCACAGCAGGUUCCCUUCCUCCCCACUCACCCCUUUGGCCUGCAGGGCAGUAAAUCAACAUAGUUUGCUGAUUGAGACUGCUUUCUACACCCGGGCAUCUAAACAGUGCUGAUAACAGGAGGUCCAGGAAGUGGCUGUGUGCUGGGGGCAUGGCUACAGUUACAUGACAGGACUGUGGGCUAAUAGAAACAGUAUAGUGUUGGAAGGGUGGAACCUGUUCUGUAUACACUGUACACAGGUAGAGGAAGCAUAAAGGAACUGUGUGUUCUAUUUUUCUGUCCUGUGUUCCACUUGAGUUUGCUGCACAGUGAGAGCACACUGCAUUCCUGCACCCAGAGACCAGCCAGAGGGACUAUCCUGCCAGCCAGCCACAGGGACCAGCGUAUUGAAGAGGGACCGUCCUGCCAGCCAACCAGAGGAACCAUCCUGCCAGUCAGCCUGUUACAGAGGGGCCAGACAACCAUAGACUCCGUUCGCCAUGGACUCUGUCACAAUUCUGCUGUUCACUGUGGUCAUCCUAUACUUGGUCUAUGUUUUUAACAAUCAGAAACAACACAAGUACAAGAAUUUCCCCCCGGGACCAACGCCUUUGCCGAUCAUUGGGAAUAUACACAUGAUUGACAUGGCAAAGCCUCAGAAGACAUUUGCAGAGAUGGCUAAGACAUAUGGCCCAGUAUUCAGCGUCCACUUCGGCAUGACAAAGACGGUCAUCCUAUGGGGUUAUGAUGCCAUUAAGGAUGCUCUAAUAAACCAUGCUGAGGAAUUAUCUGACAGACCUCACGUCCCCAUCAUUGCUAAAACAAUGAAGAAUAACGGUAUUGUCUCUGCUAAAGGUGAGAGCUGGAAAGUGAUGAGACGAUUUGCGCUUUCAACAUUACGAGAUUUCGGGAUGGGGAAGAAUGGCAUAGAAAUCAAGAUUACUGAGGAGGCUGAAUGUUUAACCAAGAUAUUUAAAUCCUAUGGAGGAAAGCCCUUUAAUAAUUUGACCAUCAUGAAUGCUGCUGUAGCCAAUAUAAUUGUGUCCAUACUACUCAGCCGUAGAUUUGAAUAUGAUGAUCCAACCCUACUGGAGCUCAUGAGAUCAGUUAAUGAAAAUAUCAGACUCCUGGGAAGUCCUAUGGCCCGGCUGUAUAACAGUUUCCCAGCUGUGAUGGACAGGCUGCCGGGUGUUCACAGGACAAUGUUUGAGAACACUAGAAAGAUUCUGGACUUUGUAAGAGUGACAUUUACUAAACAGAAGGAAGAACUGGAUGUGAAUGACCAGAGGAAUCUGAUUGAUGUGUUCCUGGCUAAGCAGCUGGAGGGGAAGUCAGAAUCCACUCUGUAUUACCACAACGACAACCUGACGGCAGUGGUCGCCAAUCUGUUUGGUGCAGGGAUGGAGACCACCUCCACCACUCUGCGAUGGGGCCUCCUGCUGAUGAUGAAAUAUCCAGAAAUCCAAAAAAAAUUGCAGAAUGAAAUAGAGAGAGUGAUCGGAUCAGCUCAGCCACAGACAGAGCACAGGAAGCAAAUGCCGUACACCGAUGCCGUCAUCCAUGAAAUUCAGAGGUUUGGUGACAUUGUACCCAAUAAUCUACCACAUGCAACUACCCAGGACAUCACAUUCAGAGGCUAUUUCAUUCCAAAGGGGACCACUGUGAUGCCAAUACUGACUUCUGCACUGCAUGAUACCGCCUACUUUGAGAAACCAGAAGAGUUUUACCCAGAACAUUUUCUUACCUCAGAAGGACAUUUCAAGAAGAAUGAAGCGUUCAUACCGUUCUCAAUGGGGAAAAGAAGCUGUGCUGGGGAAAAUCUGGCUAAAAUGGAGCUGUUUCUGUUCUUCACGUCGCUGCUGCAGAACUUCACCUUCCAGGCUCCUCCUGGAGCGCAGCUGGACCUCACCCCUAGAUUGGGUGCUACUAAUGCCCCAAAACCUCACGAGAUCUGUGCUAUACCUCGCUGCUAGAACAUGAUAUAAACCUAUCUUCUGAUAAUCCACGUGUUUUCCGACAAGUUGGGAAUUUCCGACUUGUCAGAAAAAAACUGCCAGUAUUGAAUUGGUCGGAACCCCUUCCGACCUAAACCUGUCGGAAACUACCAUCUUUCCGACAAGACGCCAGUUUCCGACAAAAGCUGAAUACCCCCUAAGAGUACAGUCUAUCUAUGCAAUUUGGAUCGGGUGUUUCGGGAGAAAUCGUCAGCCUUAGGAAACAUAAAGUUUCCUUUCAAGUACAAUAAAACAGUGGGAAUUUAUAAGAACAGAGAGAGAUGCAGAAUAUAGACACUUCAUAUGUUUUAGUGUGAUUUAAAGAUCUGUGCAUAAUCAGUAUAAAUAUAAUGUGUGCUGUGUAGAUAAAAAGCAACAGGAAAAAAAUAAACCAUGUUAAUAUA